CGUGACCCACUGUUAACCGACACUAUCUACUCCUACUACUACUCUGCAUCCUCUCCCCCUCCUCCAUCCCCCAUCUCCCAUCUCCAUCUCCCUGGCAAUGGCGUCCGCCUCCAUCGCUCCCCCUCUCCUCCUCUUCGUCGCCGUCCUCGCGGUCACCCUGGCGGCGGCGACGGUGGCCGCCGACGCGCAUCAACGGGCUCCGGGUGCUGACGGUGAUGAUCGUCAGCUGAUGGCGGCGGGCGGCGGCGUCGGGAGGACGCUGCUGGGCAUAGACUGCCCCAAGGCGUGCGAGGCGCGGUGCGGGAGGAACUGGAAGAACGAGAUGUGCAACAAGUUGUGCAACAUCUGCUGCGGCAAGUGCAGCUGCGUCCCCUCCGGCACCGGCCAGGACACGCGCAACGAGUGCCCCUGCUACGCCAACAUGAAGAACACCAAGAACGGCAAACCAAAGUGCCCCUAAACCUAAACCUAAACCUAAAAAUUAUGAUCCCAUCCAUCAAUAAUCUCCGCCGCUCCACGCUGGUGCUCAUCUUAAUUAGCCUGCCAUUUUCCUUCCCUUUUGUUGUGGAUCAUAUAGAAUCGUGUAUGCUAAUGUGCUAAUAAUGUUAGUAUAAGCUGUUUGUUUAGGUCCUAAUGAAGGGAGGAGGGGAUCAAAGAGAGGUAGAUCUAAGCUCCAUAUCUUCCGUUCCUCUCUUGUGUACUCAUCGUCCAUUAUGUAUCUGUAUUGCAAAAUAUGUAGUGUUGGAAGCAGUGUGGUCGGAUUGAGGUUCAGUA